AUGGGUGUCGACUGGCCUCAAGUGAAGCGAAAGCUCGAGUGCCCCAAGGAUGAGGACGCCAAGUACGACAACACGGCCUGGUGCAACCGUGAUCUGAUUCCCAUCCCGCCCGACCGCCGCACAUAUGGCAUCUGGUCCUAUGUUGGUUACUGGACCGUCUCGGGAUCCAACAUUUCAGCAUGGUCAACGGGCAGCACUUUACUUGCCUUUGGCCUUAGCCCUCAGCAGGCCAUUGGGGUCGUCAUUCUCGGCGGAGUCCUCACAGGCUGCCUCGCGGUUGCCUGUGGCUGGAUGGGGGCCAACCAUCAUAUUGGGUUCACCGUGUCUAGUCGCUUCUCCUGGGGUAUGCGAGGCUCGUACUUCCCAGUCUUGCUUCGCGUGUUCGUCGCGUGCAUGUGGUUUGGCAUCCAGGCUUUUUGGGGCGGUCAAGCAACCAGAGUGUGUAUUGGAGCCAUCAUUCCUGGCUUUGCCCACAUGAAGAACUACUUCUCCGCGAGCUCCCACCUUGAGACCAAAGACUUCAUCGGCCUUCUUAUCUGGAUGGCUGCAUUCAUUCCUGGUAUUCUCAUCAGGCCCGAGAAGCUGCAGAUCCCUUUUGUCGUCUGCUUCUUUCUCUUUUGCGGCUGCUGUCUCGGCUUGCUCAUAUGGAGUGUCUCACAAGCUGGCGGCGCCGGCAGCCUAUUCCAAAUGCCUUCCACUACUCCCAAUGUCGGUUGGGCGUUUAUGUUCGGCAUCACCUCAAUCCUCGGCGCAUGGGGUGCUGGCACCUUGGGCCAGUCCGAUUGGACUCGAUAUGCCAAAACUAGGCACGCACCCACGCCCUCGCAGCUUCUUGCCUCCCCCUUGACGAUUGCCAUCACUGCCAUCAUUGGUAUCAUCGUCACGAGUGCCUCGCGGGAUAUUCUUGGCGGAGAAGUCAUCUGGAAUCCCAUUUUCCUCUUAGCGGCCAUUCAGGAAUAUUACCAGUCAAGCUCGGGCGUGCGGGCGGGCGUUUUCUUCGCCGCUCUUGGCCUGGUUGCCUCGCAGUUUUCGAUCUCCGUGGUGCUCAACUCUGUCUCCUGCGGCAUGGACAUGGCCGGUCUAUGGCCACGAUACAUCAACAUCAGACGCGGUGCCUAUAUCAUGGCCAUCAUCGGCAUCGCCAUUCAGCCUUGGCAGCUGCUUACCACAGCUGCGAAGUUUCUUGCAGUUCUCAGUGGCUUCGGAGUUUUCCUUGCUCCUGCGACGUAA